CGUGUGCAAUGGAGCGCGAGGUGUCAUUGGAGGGUUCUGGUAUUCGUAGGCUUUAGUUCAAGAUGUCUGUUACGUUCGUGACCCACGGCCAUGUCGGGAGCCGAGUGGUUAUGGUGUUUGAGCUAGGCAAUCUGCGUGGUACACGUCGAGGGCAUGAGUUUGAGUUCAUGAGUGCGGUCACGAAUCACCAGAUUCGUCAUUACGAGCUUGAUGCUCAUGGGGAAUUGGCUUUGCGCUUUGUGAUGGGGUUGGGUUAUGCAGAAGAAUAUCUUCGCGAGGUCAUAGUGUAUGUGACAAAGGUUCAUAAGGACGUCCUAAAUGCCCACGUUGGUGAUGGAGAGGAUACCAUUGAGUCUAUGGUUUUGGUCACAAGGGGCGGGGGAGGGGGUGGUGGUGGGGAGGUUGAUGUAGUGCGUCGUGGUAAAGCUAGGGAUUUAUAUUAAGAGUGCAUGGGCUUCUUGAUCCUGCAUCACCGGAUAUACCACGACUAGCUUAAAAGAUAAAAGCAAGCUAUGAUG